AUGUCGUGGGCCAACAAGACGCCGAUGACGGUAGCAGGAUUGGUGGCACACACGAAGAAAGAGCUGGACGCCGACAGUACAGACAAGCAGGCCAAGUUGCUCGCGGCCAGCGUGGGCGAGCUGCCGAAAGAGUCACAGAAUGGGGCGACGCUGGACUUGAGCAGGCAGAACAUUUCUGCUCUGCCGGUCGAGGUCAUCGAGUUGAUCAAGGAUCGAGUCGAAAGGCUCGCACUCUCGCACAACCCCUCGGUUGCCCUCCCAAGUCAGAUCGUCGAAUGCGAGCGUAUAAGGUACCUCAACAUACGAUGGAACGACCUGGAGCGUUUCCCGGACGUGGUCCUCCGCAUGACAAAGCUUGAAAUCCUCGACAUUAGCAAGAACAGGAUCGAAGCUAUCCCGGACGGCAUCAAGUCCAUGACCUCUCUCAAGUUCCUUGCUGUGGCGCGCAACAACAUUCGAAGACUGCCACUGGCUCUCGGCGAGAUGCCAAGCCUGCAGAAGCUCAAAUUCGACGAGAACCCGAUCGAGUUCCCACCACCGGACGCCAUCAAGCUGCCAAAGAAGUCUGGGGCGUCUUCGCUAGAGGCUGAGCGUGAGAAGGAGACUUGCAAGGCGGUCAAGGCAUACCUGAAGGACGUCGCGAUGAAGCAGCGGGUUCGCACAACGGAGGAAGAAACGAGCGAGAGCAAUGUUGAGACUCCACGUCCACCAAAGCGCACUGCCACUAUCGGUCGCUUCCCAAUUAGGCCCAGUAUCAGUGGUAUUGCUAAUGGCGCCGACCUGAAAUCUAGCUCGCCGUCAGAUCACCCACCGCCGAUCCCACAGCGCUCACAUGCUCGGGUAGCUUCUACAGCCUCCUCAACCUCCAUGACCCCGCCAACUCCCAAGCGGCCCGGUGUCGCUCCCCUUCGCGCCAAUGGCAACGACAUGAUGCGAAGCCGUAGCGAGACUGCAGCCUCUGCAAGUUUGCGGUCAAGACGCCAGGGCUACGUGCCGAAGCGAGACCGCAAAGUCACCGGCGAACUCAACCCGCUCGCUGAAGCGCCUUCGGAGACUCCUGACCGAUCCAGCCAAGCUUCCACCAUCAAGCCCACGCAUAGUCGUGCAACUAGCACGUUGUCGACUACAAGCAGCGUCUUGCAUAUGAGUGGCGGCGAGACCUCUUCGGGACCCGGCAGUCCUACGGAUAUGAUGGCAUCUCAGUCAGGCUUGACAGUUCGUCCGCGCCGUACAAAGACUAGCACCAUCAAAGACGACGGCUCUGGCUACUUCGCCAGAAGUGUCCAGCGACUAGCAAUUACGUUCCAUCAGCUGCAGCGACCGAUAGAUGACGUCCUCGCGACGCUGGAAAGCUCAACGUCUCCAGACCCAGCUCUCCGUCGCUGUGUUGCCGAAGCCAACGCUACCGCCUUCCGCGUUGACGAUACCAUUCGCUCCGCCAGUUCAAACCUGACACGCAUGACGAAGGGGAAUCUGCUUCGCAUGUCGCAUCAAGCCAUCAAAGCAUACGCGGCGGUUGCAGCCACAAUGAAACGGAACGUCAGGAACACCGUUCGCCAGGCAGAAGCGAUAUACCUUCGCUUUUUGAUGCUGCAGAUCUACUCGACCAUCCUCGAGCUACGGAACAUCUGCACCGUACUUGGUUUCACGAUCAGAGACCGGCCAAAUCCAAGAGAUCCACGUACUUCGCGGGCAUGGAGCAGUCGGACUGUGACGCCAACGCAACCGAAAGGCCCAAGUGAGCGUCGCUCAAGACGUCCUACAGUGUUGCAGACAUCGAGCAGCGCAACCAUCCGGCCCAUGGCACCGCCGCCGAUGCCUGUACAUUCAAACGGAAGCAGUCGCACCAACACCAUGUCAUCGAUGAGCGCCGCCACUCCCCGCUCUGGUGAAUCUUUCUCGGCGCUACAUUCAUCGAGGCCCAACGUCUCCCGCGCGAAUACCAUGCGCAGCAUGAUGGAUGUCUCUGAGCCGGAUGACCAGUUCGAGCAGAUCUUCCUCAAACUUCGCAUGGCGUGUGAACAAGCCGGACAGGCACUCCAAUCAUGUCGCAUUGAGUUCCACAACCGCAGAAACGAAGCGCUCUCCGUCAGCCAGCCUCGACCAGCUUCGCAGUGGAAAGCUGCAUUGGAGAAAUGCGACAUCGUGAGCAAUAACACAAAGUAUCUCAAGAACCGCUUGGAGAUGGUGAAGGUCAAUGACCCGACCAUACGUUUCCAGCGUGAUUUCUGGCAGCUGUGCGAUGCCUUCGUCCACUCCUGGAUCGACCUCGCAACCGAAAUCAAAGACCUCGGCAGCCAACGCGGCGUCGACGUUACGAGCGUAAAGCUAAUCAUGCGCCAUGUGCAGAAACUCGUCAAGGACGUCAGCAAGACCAUCUCGCACUCCCCGCUCUACCACCACGCGCUCGGCACCAAGAUGCCCGAAUCCGCGCACUCGAGCCUUGCGCCUCCUUUCCCUGCUGGGCUGCAGCGCUCGUUCUCCGAGCAUCCUUCGUCGAGCGGCGCUAUGGGAGCUCAGAACCCGUACAUCACGUCCGGACCUGCGACACCGCUUUCGGCUGCACUCGGACCUGCGGCGCAUACGGUUGCGAGCACGCCUAGUGCUACGAGCGGGAACCAUCGGGACUACUUUCAGGAUCCAACGAUGCAGCAGAGUUGGAGGAGCUCCUCACAUGGACGGACUGAUACGGUGAUGCAGGCGCCGCCGAGACAAGGGAGGCGGCAGAUGGGGACUUAA